AUGGCUCAAAAUCAACAACCAAUUUUUCAGACCAAGCCAGAAGAACAUUUUGUGCAGAUUCCAAUCAACAUCGAACGAGAUUCAACCACACUCAUCAACGGAAACUCAAACAGGAAGCCAAACCAUUGGCCAACGAUUAUCCUCUCAAUCAUCUUCGUCAUCGUAGGUCAGAGCAUAGCUAGACUCCUCGAAAACUUCUACUAUGACCAAAUUAAUCGAAGCGAGUACAACGAAAGCCGUCAAAACGACGGCGUUUGGACUCAAUCUCUCCUCCAAACCGUUGGGUUCCCUCUCCUCCUCCUCCCUUUUCUCAUCCUCACCACCAGGAAACACAGUCAACAACAACAACCUCCGAUCACCUCCGAGGGGUUCCACUACAAAUCCUUGGCCAUAAUCUACAUCUGCAUCGGCGUUGUCAUGUCGGUUCAAGGAAGGCUCUCCGCCAUGGGAAAGCUCGAGAUUCCGUUUGGGGUUUUCACUCUGAUCUACACAACACAGCUCUUCUUCACUCCGAUUUUCGCCCGUUUCUUCAACGCGGUCAAAUUUAACCGAUGGGUCGUGAUCUCCUCGAUUCUGGCAAUCGUCACCGGAGCUCUCACCUUAUCCUCCUCAUUCGGCGGCGAACCAGACGAGGCGGAGGAGGAUUACGCAAGAGGCUCAUGGUCGGCUCUUUUCGCCGGAAUCUGCUUCUCUCUCCUCCUCUCUAACAUCCAGAACGUCUUCGACAACUACAUCUUCAAACGCACCGAAUCGACCACCAGGAAACCGAGCUUCGCCUCCGUUUUCGAAGUCCUGAUCUUCUCCUCCCUCGUCGCCACGAUCAUCUCCGCCGCGGGACUUCUAAUCGCCGGGGAGCAGCACGAUUUGAAGAGGGAGAUGAAUGCUUUCUCGAAAGGGAAUGGUGCGUAUGUGAUGGCUAUGGUGGGACAAGCCGUCUCGUGGCAGGUCUACUGGGUCGGGAUCGUGGGACUCGUCUUCUCCGUCUCGAGCGUGUUGGCGAACGUGAUCAGCGUCAUUACUUGGCCGAUCGUGUCGGUGCUUGUGGUGAUCUUCUUCAGUUUCAUGGACGAUGAGUUUGAUGCCUUAAAAGGUGUCGCCUUGAUCACAGCCGCCUUAAGCGCCGCCGCUUACUUCUAUAGGCUUCACAAAGAGAAUCGUGACAGUGCCAAUUAA